AAGAAGUAUGUUUAAUAAGUAUGAGUAUGGUUUUGAGACAGGGGCGUGUCUGAUGUGAGGAUAUAAGCGUGUGCACCGCGCGAAUCAAUAAAGCCCGACAGCAGCACGCGCGAUGUUUCUCUUCACUGUAGUGCUUUUGCCGGUUCUGUCUGGAGCCGGACUGGCGGCGGAUGAACCCACAUACUGGCGCACGGAUCCGGUCACCGGACAGCAGCUGCAGUGUAAAAAGUGUCCGCCGGGAACUCGUCUGGGCGCACAUUGCACAAGCUCCCGCGAGACGGACUGCCUGCCGUGCGGCCCGGGUCUGUUCACGGAGUUCUGGAACUACAUCCCGGACUGCCUGCGGUGCGACGCGUGCUCCGAUCACCAGCAGGUCGUUCGACCGUGUAACGGAACCGUGAACACAGUCUGCGGAUGUGAGGCCGGAUUCUACUGGGAUCAGCACUUCUGCAGGAGACACAGCGAGUGCAAACCGGGUCACGGAGUCAAAGCUUCAGGUGUGGGGACACCACACAGAGACACAGUGUGUGAGCUCUGUGCAGGUGGGCACUUCGCAGAUGUCAGAAAGACGCAUGCAGCAUGCGUUACUCACAGCGCCUGCAAGACUGGUGAACAGCUGGUGCUGCCCGGAUCCAGGUGGCAUGAUAAUGUGUGUGCAACCUGUGACCAGCUCACACUAAAAGAAUUGGUGGAUUUAUUUGAGCCGGUUCUGUCCGGUCUGCAGAUUCAGUAUGGGACUCCGAUUGAGCAUCUGAAGAAGUUAGUGAACCGCCGUCUGCGCAGGAAGAGGUUUGGCAAGCGAGCUGCGCUGCGGAGGGCCGAGGGUCCAGUGCAGUGGCUCCAGCUCUGGAACGACAAGAUGCCAGAGGAGGCACCGCUGAACCUGCUGUCUAUCUAUCCAUCCUAUCUCCUCGCGGACAGAAUCGCACACAAAAUCCUGCGAUUCCAGCAUCACUGCAAUAGCACUGCACUGCUAACAUUAUGACAGAUGAAUCCUGUUCACACUGCACUGAAACACACAAUGCGAUUUGCGUUUGAUACUGUCUCGCCUGCUUUAAAGAAUGUAGAAGUGCAUCAGAUUUUGUCCUGAUCAUUAACUACUUUGACAGCUGGAUUAGUUUAAGGUUCCAUUGAAGGAUGUGUGACACUCAGAUUGUUCUCAUGCACUUUACAGUCUGUCCUGCUAAUAAAUUUCACAUGCUUUAUUGCACUAGA